UCGUCUCUCCGCGAGAGCAGAAAAUAAACGUGUUACGGGGGGCUCGCGGCGGGCCAUUUUUGGGAUCCCCACCCGCGACACGCGCGCGGUUUUCGUCCGACAGCUUUUCCAUUCCCUCUCCGUUCAGAUACUCGUUUCGCGCAGUUCAGAUCGUUCGAGUUAGGAAACUCAAUAAUUCCGUUGAGACAGUCCUCAAAACAAAGCCGCCACCAUGGAUGUCAUCAAAAAGAAGAUGCAAGCGAUGAAGAUUGAGAAGGAUAAUGCUAUGGAUAAGGCCGAUACCUGCGAAGGGCAGGCAAAGGAAGCGAAUCUGCGCGCGGAUAAAGUUCUCGAGGAGGUUGCGGACCUCACGAAAAAAUUAGCUCAGGUCGAAGGUGAUCUGCAGGCCAACAAGCAAGCUCUUGAGCAAGCCAAUAGGGAUCUCGAAGAUCGCGAGAAAUCUCUUACCAACGCUGAGUCUGAAGUAGCCGCCCGUAAUCGCAAGGUCCAGCUCAUUGAAGAGGACCUCGAGCGCUCGGAGGAACGAUUAAACACUGCAAGCGCUAAACUGACUGAAGCUUCGCAGGCCGCCGAUGAAUCCAGCCGUAUGUGCAAAGUAUUGGAAAAUCGUGCGCAACAGGACGAAGAGAGGAUGGAUCAAUUGACGAAUCAACUGAAAGAAGCUCGCCUGCUCGCGGAAGACGCUGAUGGAAAAUCUGACGAAGUAUCGCGUAAGCUGGCCUUCGUUGAAGACGAACUCGAAGUUGCGGAGGAUCGCGUGAAAUCUGGUGAAGCUAAGAUCAUGGAACUGGAAGAAGAAUUGAAGGUCGUCGGUAACAGUUUGAAAUCUUUGGAAGUAUCUGAAGAAAAGGCCAAUCAACGAGUCGAGGAAUUCAAGCGUCAAUUGAAGACCUUGACAGUCAAAUUGAAGGAGGCUGAAGCUCGCGCCGAAUUUGCCGAGAAGACCGUCAAGAAGCUCCAGAAGGAGGUCGAUAGGCUCGAAGAUGAAUUGGGCUUAAACAAGGACAGAUACAAGUCGCUGGCCGACGAAAUGGACUCGACAUUCGCCGAAUUGGCAGGAUAUUAGAUUAUUUUACUAUCUCGCCAUUAUGCUUCGCGUGUCUAAUAAUUGUUUUAAACCUUCUGAUUGAAAAAAUCGAUAUUCUAUAUUUGCGCAAACAAUGUUACAGCUCGUUACAUUAUCAUUCGACGAAAAAAAAGAGACAUAACUAAAGGAUAAACCGUGAAUCAUUUAUUAUUCACAGUCGCUAUCCUUGUAAUUAAUGUUAUUAUUAUGAUGGAGCUCUAUCGAUGUGAGCGGAUCGUAAUUUUAUUCUGUUACAUUAUUGUGUACGAAAGAUUAAGAGAAAUUCAAUAAACAAUAAUAUAAAAUCAA